AUGCACAGAACAUAUUCUUUGAGGACUACCAGGGCACCAACUGCCUCUGAUUUACAGAAUCCACCACCACCACCAUCUUCUACCAAGAGCAGAUUUUUCGGUAAGGGUGGUUUAGCUUACAGUUUCAGAAGAAACGCAGCUGGUGCGUUUGGUCCUGAACUUUCACGUAAGUUGUCUCAAUUAGUGAAGAUUGAGAAAAACGUGUUGCGUUCUAUUGAAUUGGCUGCUAACGAACGUAGAGAUGCUGCUAAGCAAUUGUCGUUGUGGGGUUUGGAAAAUGACGAUGACGUUUCUGAUAUCACCGAUAAGUUGGGUGUUUUGAUUUACGAAAUGUCUGAAUUGGAUGACCAGUUCAUCGAUCGUUACGAUCAAUACAGAUUGACUUUGAAGUCUGUUAGAGACAUUGAAGGGUCUGUUCAACCAUCUCGUGAAAGAAGAGCUAAGAUCGCUGAUAAGAUUGCCUACUUGAAGUACAAGGACCCACAAUCUCCAAAGAUUGAAGUCUUGGAGCAAGAAUUGGUCCGUGCUGAAGCUGAAUCUCUUGUUGCUGAAGCUCAAUUGUCUAACAUCACGAGAUCAAAAUUAAGAGCUGCUUUCAACUACCAAUUCGAUUCCGUCAUUGAACAUUCUGAAAAAUUGGCCUUGAUCGCAGGUUACGGUAAGGCUCUUUUGGAAUUGUUGGAUGAUGCUCCAGUUACUCCAGGUGAGACUAGACCAGCUUACGACGGUUACGAAGCGUCUAAACAAAUCAUUAUCGAUGCUGAGAGUGCCUUAAACCAAUGGACUUUGGACUCUGCUGUUGUUAAGCCAUCCUUGUCCAUCAGAAACUUCGAUGAUGCUUACUUGGAUGAAGAAGACCAAGAACAAUGGAAUGACGAAGAAGCUGAAGCCGAAGCUCAAGAAGAACACCCAGUUGCUGCUUAA